CCUCCUCCGGCGGUGUGCAGUGGUACGCUCCAGGACCUGUCAUGUGACAGAGGUGUCAGUGUUUGGGCACUCCUGGACCGGGAAGAGAAGAUGAUGGUAUCGGCGUUAGUGUUUGCGGUCCUGGCCGUGUGCGGCCCGGUGCUGGCUCAGGAUGUCCCUCCGUAUACAGAAGACUGCAGAAGUGGAACUUACCCCCCCUCUGGACCUACGUUUAAAGGAAAUGUCCAAUGGUAUACUGUAAAUCUGGACCUACCCCCAUAUGAAAGGUGGCAAAAGCUGAUUAGUGAUAAGAAGGCCCCGCUAACAGAACUAAUUCAGCAUAUCAAGAACCUGGCAAAAUCCAUUUUUCCAAAACUUAUCGACAUAGUGGAUAAGAAAUUGCCUUUCCUUAUUGGAAAUCUUCCAUCCCCGUUUGGUGAAGAACUAAAAGGCAUUGCAGAUGCAGCUGGCCAACCACUAGGGGAAAUUAUGUUGUUCAACAUCUUUUAUGAAGUCUUUUCUGUUUGCACAUCAGUAGUAGCACAAGAUACCUCGGGCAAGUUAAUUCAUGCAAGAAACCUGGAUUUUGGAUUAUUUCUGGGAUGGGAUGUGAAGAACAAUUCAUGGACUGUAUCUGAGCUCCUUAAACCGAUGGUUGUCAACGUGAAUUUCCAAAGAAAUAAUAAAACAGUUUUCGUGUCUACAGUUUAUGCUGGAUACAUCGGAAUACUAACUGGAAUGAAACUGGUAUCCUAACUCUCACUAUGAAUGAACGUUUCAGUAUAGAUGGAGGAUACAUAGGAAUCUUGGAGUGGAUAAUUGGAAAAAGACAGGGAGUGUGGAUGGGCUUUCUAACCAGAAGUGUACUAGAAAAUGCAACCUGCUAUGAAGACGCUAAAGAGGUUCUAUCAAAAACAGAGAUGCUUGCUCCAGCGUAUUUCAUCUUGGGAGGUAACAAGCCUGGGAGGCCUGUGUAAUCACACGCAGCAGGAAGUCCUCCAUCAAUUUCUGGGAACUGGAUACUAAGAAGGGUGAAUGGUAUGUCUUGGAAACAAAUUAUGACCACUGGAAGCCUCCACUAGCCAUUGACAACAGAAGGGAUCCAGCCAUGAAAUGCAUGAACCGAACAGGACAAAAGAGUAUUUCAUUUGCAACAAUUUAUAAUGUGCUUUCUACUAAGCCUGUUCUUAACAAGCUUACCACAUACACAGCCAUGAUGUCACUUUCUGAGAACAAGCUUGAGGCCUACCUUAGGGACUGUCCAGAUCCCUGUAUGCCUUGGUGA